UCAGAGUGCGAGAGAGCCGUUCCUGCCCUCUGUCUCUACAUAGCGCUGCCCGUGUGCACGCGCGCGUCUUUCCCUGUGUUCUCUCUCACUCACACAAGCACACGGGAACACGCAGAUGAGGACACACAGACUGAGGGAGGGAGAGUGAGAGAGUGAGAGAGAGAACACAUCGCAGCCGAGAUGCAGCACAAGGUUUUCCGAGGAUUAGGAUCGGGAUCAUGGUGUUGGGAGAGGAUGGCUCUCCACACCUGCACUGCACUCUUGGAGCUGAAUGUAUAGUGCAUGGCAACCCUGUCCUGUUUUAUAACAAGAUAAUCAAAGAUGCACAAUGUCACAUACAUCUGAGAGUCAUCGUCUCUGAACUUGAACUCCAUGAACAGCCGUCUUGGUCUGACACUCCUGUUCUCCACCAUCUUUCAAUCAUCAGCUUCUGUGGGGAAUGUAUAUCUAGAACUGAUACUCUUAAUAAUUUUCCUGGACCUUGCUGGAUUACAGGUAGACCUCCUGACUAGUGCUCUGUUUUAGGCAAACUAUAGCCUUGGAGAGCAUCUCAAGAGAGUUUGUACAAGGAUCCAAUGAAACACAGAAAUAAACAGAUGAGAGGAGACAGGAUGGGAGAGGGAACUGAUGAGGUGGAUGAUGCCAAAACUACGAGGAUAUCUCUCAGUUUUCCCCUCAGUGCUGGACUGCCAGGCUUUUCUGCACAGAAGCGCUGCUCCUCAUCCCACCCCACUUCCUCUUCAGAUGUUCGUGACAGAGAUGGCUCAGAUGGCACGACAUGGAUGGGGGAAGCAUUCAGAGACAAACAUUUAUCCAAAACGCCAUCAAAAACUGAACGCCUGCCAUGCUCUUCCUCCUCCUCCUCCUUGCCUGUUGAUCUAACUGCUCCUGUCAGUAAGAACUGCAAGUCAUCUCUGUCCUUUUCUGUUGAUGACAGUGGUUCCCGAUACCCAACAUCUCCCUUACGACACUCUAAUAAAAUAGACUAUUCAAAAGAGACAGCUGGGGUUAGUCUCAAUAAUGUGUACAAAGAGCAUUCAGCAACAGAAACAGCACACAUCCUUUUCAACCUCAGUGCAAGAGCCUACCAGGACCAAGGUAUGAAGGACACAGAGAGUUCAAAAGGCAAAAAACGGAAGGCAAACAGCCUCCAUGUCGAAUUGAGCCUCCCUCUCCCAAGCAUCAACCCUCAAUCCUCUUCAUCAACCCCUCCUCCUCCUCCUUCCCCCUCAUCUGUCUCUCUUACCUCCUCCCCCUUGACUCUCCCCACUACGUCUUUCGAUGACUCCUUUAGGCCAGUGUCAAAGCCAGAACUACUGUGUGGGGUGUGCCACCGUCUGUUCAGUACUGCCUCGUCCCUCACUGUCCACAUGCGUCUCCAUCGGGGGGGACGGGCACUCAGCUGCCGCCACUGUGGCAAAGCCUUCAUCCAUAAUAAAAGACUGCAAUCCCAUGAGGCCACCUGCAGGCAAAGGCUGCCAGCUUUUCCAGCGCAACCCAAAGAAGAGCCCCUGGAGGCGGCUGAAGUGGAGGGGGAGAGAGCAGGUGAGAGUGCAGUGCCAGAACAGCUUGGACAAGGAACAAGGCCUGGCCGACCCAUAAAGAAGGUGAGAGACCUUCAUGGCCUUGAUGCUGGAACACUGACUUGCACGGAUGGCCUGGAGGAAGGUGAUCACUUUGUAAAAGUGGUGGAUGGACAUAUCAUUUACUUUUGCUCUGUGUGUGAGCGCUCUUACAUGACUUUGUCCAGUUUAAAGCGUCAUUCCAAUGUGCAUUCGUGGCGGAGAAAGUACCCCUGCCACUACUGUGAUAAGGUUUUUGCUCUGGCUGAGUACCGCACUAAACAUGAGGUGUGGCACACUGGUGAAAGGCGCUACCAGUGCAUAUUUUGCUGGGAGGCAUUUCCUACCUACUACAACCUUAAAACACACCAAAAGGCUUUUCAUGGAAUCAACCCUAGUCUAAUCUCAAGUGAGAAAACAGCCAAUGGCGGCUACAAGCAGAAGGUCAAUGCUCUUAAACUCUACUGCCUGCUGCCCAUGCGGUCUUUAAAGCGACCUUAUAAAACAUACAGUCAGCCAAUGGCUGAUGGACUACUCACUUCUGAUUCAUCAGUUACCCUGCCUUUAACUCUGGAUGGCAGUCCCCCACCACCUCUGGACACAAACAAAUUGGAGUCUUUCCUUAAAGAUCUUCAAACUCCAGACAUCAAGACUGAACAUGAAGGAUCCCCUAUCAAAGUGGGUGUAGAGCAGGGUAAAAAACUACAUGCUCCCCAAACAGUCAUGGCAGUAGAAGUCAGAGAGGCAGAGGGGUCAAAUUUACAGCUGUCAGGUAAUAACACUGGCAAAGGCAAAACUCCAAAGAGCCCAGAAGGAGCUGUCUCUUCAGUCAUUACAUUUGCACACAGCAAACCCUCAGUCAUAAUGCACAGUGCUGCAGUUUCUUCUUCUGUCAUUGUGCAUAGAAAUAAUAUGCCCUCUGAGGAGAAGAAAAGAAGUCCCGAGAAUCACCCAGUGGCAAAAACAACUCAAAAACAGAUAAAGAAACAAAGCCAGAAAGAGCACAAAGACACAUACAGGGAGUGGGAUGCUGCUGAUUUAGAUCCUGAGGUCUCAAAAAUCAGUCAGCCAACAGAGAAACUUCACAAGGGACGAAAGGCUCACAGUAAAACUGAGUCAACAAAGGCAAUACCCAUAGCAGUGGGCUCAGACGUCAAAGGCAGUGGUCCACUUUGUCAGAUUACUGUGCGUAUAGGGGAGGAGGCCAUUGUCAAGCGGAGCAUUUCUGAAACAGACCUAAUGAGGGACAAAAGCCCUACACGCAGCAAAGCCAAAAAGAGUAGCCUCUCACAGGAGGACCAGAGAGAACAACGGCACACCCAUCAUAGCCAACGUAAACACCACAACUCCAGCCAGGAAGGAAAGGAAGGGGAGCACAAAUGGAAAAACGCUAAACUGAAAAGCAAGGUGAGGAAAUACUUCUUCCGCCAGGAGGUCAGGGAGGAUAGAAAUGACCAUGAUGUGGAGGACAAUCUGUGGAGGCCUUACUAUUCCUACAAACCCAAGCGAAAGGCCCUUCAUUUGCAGGGGGCUAAAGCCUGGAAGCGCAAAAUGCACUACAAACGGUCCCUGAAGCCUAUGAGGAGAGCUGAGAGGCUCAUGAAAAAUUUUAACAAAGAGGUUGAUGGGGAAGAUCCAGAUGAGACAGUGGGAGGGAGACAGGAAGCGAAGAAAGAGCAGAAAGAAGUUAACAAUCUACAGAAAGAUCAAGUCAAAGAAACCCCACAAACUUUUUCUGUCCCUUCAAGAGCAGAAAAGGAGAAAGAAAUGGGAACCCAUGGAAAGCUGGAUCUCCCUCUCCCUUCAUCUGUCCCUCAGACUACAUGCAAUACACAAUACACAGCCUCCUCUUUCAUCAAGAAACGAUGGUCAGAAGGUCAGGCCUCUGAGUGUGGGACAUGUGGCCGCUGGUUCUCAAGCCCGAGGAAGCGAGACAAACAUGAGCUGACACAUCUAUUUGAGUUUGUGUGCAUGCUUUGCAGAGCUCCUUUCCCUUCACAGUCCAAGCUAGAAGAACAUCAGAGAACUCAGCACCCCAAAAACAAGCCUCUGUCUGCCCCUACUUUCUUCACUUCCCAGAUACUGAGAAAAGAGCUGGAAAUAAAAGCUGAUGAGAAUGGUGUGGAUGGAAGAUCAUUAGAGAAAGGCUGCCCAGUUCGCUUGGGCAGGAGGCCUCUGAUCAGAUAUACAUGUUCACAAUGUGAUAAGGUCUGCAAAACCUCUGCCGCACUCAACUGCCACCUCAAGCGACAUGAGUUAGGCAGUUUAACGGAGGUUGAAAACACACAGCAAAAUCAAGACAUGCCAAGUUACACAACUUCAACAGCAAAGACUGCACUAAGCAAAGAUUUAGACACCAAUAGUGAACAAGUGCAGCCUGUGUCUGUCAUAUAUUAUUCAAAACCAGACUGUCAAAUCUCUGACAACCAACUAGAUGAAAAGAUUAAAGAACACCAAAGAAUCAGCAAUUGUGAAAGCCCAAAACUGGCAACCAAUGACAAAGUCAACAGUCCAAUUUGUACACAGUUAUCCCAAGUUACGCACAGCUCCAGUUCAGAAAGGUUUAAGUUAAUAUCUCCUAACCUCCCUAGUGUGCUAGUAAUGAAUGGGGCAGAGUGCCUAGACUAUAGGACACCAGAGAAACAAAAUUUAGACACACAAGAUCAACAGAAAAGAAGUCCCACACCAAAUGACAGGCAAAUCCAAGUUUCUCAAAUGCUUACAGACCCUCAAAUUAGAAGUGAAACAAUUCCAUCUGGGCCCAUUUCAUUAAAAACAGGCAGAUGUUGUGCAUUUAGCAAAGGGAUUGGAACAGUCGCACAGAGACAAGGUGACAUUAUUCAGAAUGAAGAUUACAGUGAUUCACAAGAUGCUCAGGAUCUAAGAACCUUUCCUCAAUCCAGGAACCAAGCCCAAGAUUUAUCUAUGCCAACAAUACUGGCAAAAAAGAGGGAGCUUGAUCAACAGAUAACACAUCCAUCCAACAUGUCAAAGGAACAAUCCCAUAAUGAGGACAUGUCACUGCUAGUGCCCAAAGAGGAACCACUCAGUCCUGUACCAUCUCCUACAUGCUCUGUCAUUCAAACCACUCCGAAAGGACCUUCUCAAAGGUAUUUAAUGUCACCUUGUCACUCACCAGGACCCUUAGACCUACAGUUGCGGACUCAGCUGGAACAAAGCCAAACACACAGAGAAAGGCACAAUACAGAAAAACAGGGUCUCAUGCUUCCAGCGAAUUCAGCUGGGAUGAUUGAUCCUCCUUCUUCCCACAUCCUGCUCCAUCCUCAAGUGUCCAUGGAAGAGCCUGAAUCAAAGGACUACUCUUCUGUCACCCCUACAGAACACCACAGGGGCUCAGUCUUCCCUGUCCAGGAGCUUACACUUCCCCUGAUCAUACCAGGAGGGUACUGCUCUGGAAAGAAACAGGAGGAGCAAAUCCUGAUGUCUUACCCUACUGGGCCCCUACCUUUUCCUUCACUUGGGAAGAUGAUACCCCACUCUGACUCAACUAAACUACCCUUUUAUCCAGACCCCUAUCACCUACUGUAUGGCCCACAGAUACUGCCAUACCCCUAUAACCUUGCUGCCUUUCCAAUGGCUCUAAAUAUGAUGGCAUCUGGGGACAAAGAACCCUUGCCCUUCUUGCCUUUUUUCAAUUACGCUGCCACUGCUGCUCCUUUACCAGGCACAGUGCCCCAUCCUUUAGUGUUGAACCCUAGCCUAUACAACAGUGGAGGCAGCAGUAGCACAAAGCAGGACAACCCUUAAAUGAGUUAACAAUGGCAGCAAGGGAAUAUAUCUAAACAGCUGAGUAGGCCUUUAAGGGUGGAUAUGUUGUUUUUCCUUUUUGUUAACUGAACACUUUUGCACAGGUCUUCUCUUUUGUAAAGUAGCAAAAGCAUAGGCAUACAUAUGAAUGAAAUAUGGUGGAAAAUUUGAGGGGUUUCUUGACACUAGGUGAGAAGGAUAGAAGGGGUUGCAAACAGAACAUAUAUAACACCCCUUUCAGGCAUUGCCAAAUGCACCUCCAACAGAGCUUGAAUAUCCAUCCUAUCAGAGUCAUUCAGAUAUUAGGUAUAUCAUGUGAACAACAACAGCUAACAGUAUGUGUGUUUUGAAAAAUGAGUUCUGUCUAUUUCUCAUAAUAGGGACAAUAUAAAAAUAAUGAUGAUAAUAAUAGUUAUUUUGAUUAUACUGAUUACAGUAAUAAAAUGGGGCUUUUUAUUGAAAGCAAAACGUUAUGCCUGAAGAGGUUCAACAUUCUCAACACACAGGGAAGGAUAAUGCAGCAGCAGUGUGUGUGUGCAUGGAUUAUAUGGGGUAGCUCAUAGUUUCAUAUCUAACAACAUCGGUACUUCCGUCAAGUGUUUUUCAGUAUUUUGGCUUAUAUAUGCCUGCAGGUUUGUGUAUGUGCAUUUGUGGGGUGUGUUGGGGGUGUAGGCAUGCACACUUGAAGUCAUUUGUGCUGCAUCAGCCUUGGUCAGUUCCAUGGAAGUUAUUACGUAUAAACAUCAUUCCUGAAAAAGCUGUAAUAAUCUUAUUAGGUCAGUAAAUAGAAAUCAUAGAUGAAGCUCUUCUUUCGUCACUCAUAGCAUAGCAACGUGAUGGUGUAGCUACAUGUCAUAUGGAUUAAAUAUAUUGUUAUGUGAUGCCUUCACUAACCAGGAUCAUCUUGACAAGGUCAGAUGUGUGUGAUUUAGAAUCCACUGUAUAUUUGACCAUGUGAUGUAUAGAGACAGAUUAGUUAGGUUUGUAGGAUGUGGGUAUAUUAAUCCUUUUUGAUGAUCAUUUAUUAAAUAAGUCUGUGUACUUUCAGUACUCUGGUACUUCUGCCAACUGUUUCUUCUCUUCCAAUAACAUACAAGAAACGUACAAGUCGACUUCAUGUUUAGUGGCCUUCUCCUCCCCACUGCCCCCUGGUGUCCACCAAAGACACUACAUUCACUUCACUGAAUUUGAGAGUAAGAAACCAAGUGAAGCAAACAGAGAAAGAGAAUGAGAGUGUCAGCAAGAAUGGUAGUAAAAUGAAGAUAAGUGCAGCUGGGCAGUGUGUUAGCAUGAACAGAGCUUCCUUUACAAAGACAAAGAGAAUCAUUUUCCUGUAAGAGGCGGUAGUUGGUGAAUGUUAGUUUUAGGAACAUAUGAUCUAAAGAGAUCCAUUACAAGUAAGCCACCGUUUCUGUUGGUUAGCAGAUUGGCUCUCCUUCUCCUCCACAGCAGAAAGAAGAGAGGGAGAGGGUGUCAGUUAGUCCUGACAUCCCUGCAGGGCUUGCACUAUGGGACUUAAAGCACUGGAGUGGCUUGAGCAAUCCCUUGUACUUUCUUGUUUUUUUUUUUUUUGUUUGUUUUUUGUUUUUUUACAUCUUUAGUUUUUCACAAUAUUAUUUGUUUGAUUUACAUAUUUUUCCAUUUUGGUAGUGAGACAAGGCUUGUACUUGUAUAUUCAUAUUCAAGUACACAUGAAAAUGAAUGUAAUUUAGUCAUGAGGUUAAAAAAAAAAAAAAAACGGACAGUAUGGUAGAUAAUUUCUAUAUGCUGACUUGAAAAAUAACAUGUAAUAUUGAACCGCUAUGAGGUAUUCAUAUAUAUAAACAGUAGACUUAGGGACAUGUCAAGGAAGUUGGUUUCAAUAUAACCACAACGCAUGAGAAACAAUUACUUCUUCUUUAUCUUCUGGUGUUGUCACAGAACUCUCCAUUUUACUUCAUAUGGUUCUUCAUUUUCAUUUUCUCGUUUUUUUUCCAUUGAAGAAAACUUUCAUUUUUAACCCCUCACUAUCAAAUUUUAAACCUUAAACCAAAAAUAAAAGCUCCUUUGUUGCCUUAUUUAAUUUCCCCAAGCAUCGCAGAAGCUUUCUGACUACCACCCCUCAAUAUCCACCUCUUUCUCAUCCCUACACCCUCUCCCUUUUUUAUUCUCAAUAUUUAACUUCUCCCUUUGAAGAGAGUAUGUCUGAAACUGUGCAAUGAAACCACAGCACUGUUUGUUUCCUGAAGUAAAAAAAUGCGAUAAACGGUUGUGGAUCAUGUAGCUUCACUCGGGUGUGGGUACAAGCCUUAAGUUUGCAUCAAAAGUGUGUGUGUGUGUGUGUGUGUGUGUGUGAGAGAGAGAGAGAGAGAGAGAGAGAGAGAGAGAGGGUGUGUGGUGGUAAAGGUAAUGGGAACGAAAACAAGGUCUAUCUCCCUCGAUGAUUACAUCAUACUUUGAUUUUGGACCUCUUAUUUGCUGCAUUUAUUCUACCAUGACAUAAAAUAUAAAUUAAAUGGUGAGACUUUAAAAUAAGGUUGCAUUUCUUAACAUUAAAUAACACAAUAGUUAACAUGAACUAACAAAAAUACAUUUACAGCAUUUAAUAAUCCUGGUUAAUGUAAAUUUCUACAUAAACUAUUACAUAAAUUAAUGCAAUAUGAACAGGAAUAAACAAUGAAUAACAGUAUUUUGAUAAAUUAACAUUAAUCAAGAUUAAUAAAUGCUGUAAAAAAACAUUGUUCAUUCUUAGUCCAUAAUGCCUAAUGCAUUAACUAAUGUUAAUGAAUAGAACACUAUUGUAAAGUGUCACCAAUUAAUUCAGCCACUACCUUUACUAGUUACUGGUAAAAAAUUAAAAUGUUGCAUUUGUGUAUGUAAGAAUUAAAUCUGUUAGUGACAUUUGUUUAACAAUCACAUAUUGUAAAAAAUAUGACUACUACUUUCAAAUUAUUAGUAACUUAAAUAACUGAAAUUGAAUGUAUUUUUCUUUGCCUCCAGAGAGUAUUAAACCUCUGCCCAAAUAUCAACUGGUAAAUUAUGAAUCAGUAACUGGUAUAAAAUGACUAAAUCAAAAAUUCAACUUGUUUACAUUCAAGAUGCCUUUGCAUUUUUUUUUUUUUUUUUUAAUAAGCUAAUAAUAAUAAUAUGCACAUAAUCUGAAUGCACCUUACAAAGAAAAAAUUGUGAUACCAUUUUGAAUAAAAACAUCCUAUGAAGGUGGAACUUUAAGGAACAUCAUAAUGAAUUAUGUUCUCAUGUUGUACUAUAGUUCCAUCCAUCAGCAGACAUUUAGACACUUAAAGAAUUUCAGUGGAUAGUAUGCUUGAAAGAGGUCACUUGUGACUUUGUGGGCUCCUCAGCCUUAAACAAAUAAAAAAUAUUUAUCGAUCAGCAUCUGGACAGACUACUGAAUAUUAUUUGCACAGAACUAUAAAAAGGAGACAAAACAUGCAGAUCAGACCAGAACAUUAGGUUAUGAACACUAUCUUAACAACAACAAAAUAGCAUCACCUUGGUCCACCCUGAACAAGACUCCUUUAUAAGUUUUCAAUCAAAGUGGCUAAAAUCUACCAGCUACAUAUGUUCUGCACUUGGUCAUAGUUGUAGGCAUGUGACUAAAUUGUCUGGUAUUUUGUGAAAAUGUAAUCUUGUGCCAUUGUUUUAGAGAUUCACAUUAUAUUUGGGCAGUUUCAAAAAAGUUAAAUGUUUGAAAAGUUUAUUUGUGUCUUGUUAACUUUGUGGCCAUUUAAUACUGACGUUUGUUGGCACACAUUGCCAAUUCAAGUCUACAAUCUAUAGUUAAUUUCUCUGCUUCUGUUCUCUUUACUCCCUCUGUCCAAGCUACAACCAUACAAUAAAGUAUUAACCUGAUGACGUGCAAAA